CAGCAACUUCAAGGGCUUGGUGUCCUCGGUGUCGCGCCCAUGGGAUCCAGUAAGUUGCCAAAGUUGCAGCUACCGAAGGAUGAGGCUGCACAGAAACGCCUCAUCGAGGCGUCUGAUCUGGCCAAGACAGGGGAGCUGAAAGCAGGGCAGCAGAUGCUCAAAGAGGGCGUGGCGAGUGGCCUGAUAGCUGCACCUUUGCAACGUCAGGUCCUUGCUUGGUGGUCAGCUGGAGAGUACGACCUGCUCCCUGAAAAAAAAACGCCACCGGAGUCCAAAGCGAGUCCCACCGUGGAUGACUUGGAGGCUCAAGUGGUGCGGCUGAUGAAGGAGCGCCAGUGGUCACGGAAAGAGGCCUGUCAGUACAUUGAUGAAGGCGGUCUCGAUAUGGAGCAAAUGCAGGCGGAGAUGAAUUCGCCCAUGGACGAUGCCUUUGAAAAACUGAAGCAGCAGGGCCCUCCGCAGUGGUUUGUGGAAGCCAUGACGAAUGCUCAAGAGAAGGCAAAGCAGGAAGCAGAAGGCCCUGAGAACUCCAGGUGAAACUUCGAAGGAAACUCCAGCAGUUGAAAAUUGAUUUCUGUGUCAUGUGCGGAAGCUGGACAUUUGGACGCGUUUUGAGGCAGAGGCCAAGGGGUGUAGUAUACAUGGUAAGUAGUCAUAGCAAAAUCAGGG